AUGUCCGAGGAAAUUUACAAAUGGAUCGAUGGUUACCAGCUAUCUCGACAGAAGAAAAACAUAAGCAGGGAUUUCUCAGAUGCCGUUCCUUUGGCGGAAAUUCUGAAGAUGCAUUUUCCUAAAUUGGUCGACUUGCAUAACUACACGCCGAAGAACUCGGUGUCUCAGAAGCUGAUCAACUGGAGCACUCUGCAGAGGAAGGUGUUGAGCAAGUUGCGGAUGAAUCUGAGCAAGGGAACGAUGGAGGAGUUGGCAAGGGCGGAACCGGGCGCCGUCGAGAAGGUCCUGUCUCAAGUGAAGUAUAUUAUCGAGAGAUAUCAGAGGGAGAAGGAGGAGGACGAGGAAAGCGUGUACGUUAUUGAGGGAAUAGAUGAUGCCGGUUCAGGGAACGUUUUGCCUAUCAAGAUGAAGCAGGGCUCGAAGGUUUCCGAUCAGAAAAUCGUGCCUGCGGAUAUCUUCAACGACAUGCUGAAGAGUCUCGACGAGAAGGAGCAGAUCGUCAACGAAUUGAGGCUCAAAUUGGAUCAUUGGGAAAAACUGGUGAGCAUUAAAGAUCAACGCAUCGCGGAUUUGGAAGGAGAGAUAAAAAGACUGACAAUCGAGAAAAGGAUUUCGAGCAAUUCAGAGUACUUUUGAAUUUCAACGAG